CGGCGCAGCGUGCCGUCAGCGUCCGAACGAAUUCCAGGGUUGGCUGGGAUGGGGAGGAGCAGAUCCAAUCAGAAAACAGCGCGCGCAGAUAUUCGCCCUAGUUUGAAAUGCGAGUCGCUGGGAGGAUUUGAAGAGUGCGGAGUUUGUUCCUCUGUGAGUUUUUCUUUUAAGACAGAAAAAUCACAAAGCACAUGAAUCAGCAAAAAUUAGAUCCAGAUAGUACUACAGAUAUGGAAGUUAACAAUACUGAAGAAGAACUUGUUAAAGAAUGUGAAGAAAUGUGGGAAGACCUGGAAGAAUGUCAGAAUAAACUAUCGCUUAUUGGAACUGAGACUCUCAGUAACUCAAAUGCUCAGCUAUCGUUACUAAUUAUGCAAGUGAAGUGUUUGACAGCUGAACUCAGUCAGUGGCACAAAGAAACAACUGAAAUAACUCCCCUGAGUGAAGAUGUUCUGAUAACAUUAGGGAAAGAAAAGUUCCAAAAAUUGAGACAUGAUCUAGAAAUGGUACUAUCUACUAUUCAAUCAAAGAAUGAAAAGUUAAAAGAAGACUUAGAAAGGGAGCAGCAGUGGUUGGAUGAACAGCAACAAAUAAUGAAAUCUCUUAAUGUACUACACAAUGAAUUAAAAAAUGAGGUUGUGACAUUUUCUGAAUCAAGAAUCUUAAAUGAGCUCAAAACUAAAAUCCUUAAUACAAAAAAAUUUAAGGAGAAACUUUUGAUUACCUUGGGUGAGUUUCUAGAAGACCAUUUCCCUCUGCCUGAUGGAGCUGUUAAGAAGAAAAAGAAAAACAUUCAAGAAUCAACUGCACAGCUGAUUACACUGCAUGAAGUGUUAGAGAUUCUUAUAAAUAGAUUAUUUGAUGUUCCACAUGAUCCAUAUGUCAAAAUUAGUGAUUCCUUUUGGCCACCUUAUAUUGAGCUGCUGCUGCGCAAUGGAAUUGCCUUAAGACAUCCAGAAGAUCCAACCCGAAUAAGAUUAGAAGCCUUCCAUCAAUAAAAAGAUGAUCUCUUUUUACACGAUAAAUUCAAAGAUAUUCAAAGAUAAUAGGAAUUUGUUUGAAUAAGGAUUAUUGCAAAUCAAAGCAAUAGUCUCUCUUUUAUCCUUAGAUGACACAUACUGCCAUCUAUUCAUUUUUAAAAUGGUCUUCCCUGAUUCUGUCAGUUCUUUAGUGUUUUAAACUAUAUGGACAAUAGUACAAGUGGAAAGUUUCUGCAUUUAUAAAGCAUUUGUUGUAUCUUAUCCAAUAUUCUUUUACUAAUUUUUUAACUUCUAAUGUAUACAAUGUAAUUUUUUAAAAAUUUGUGACAGUAUCUUUUAUGCUUUUUGAGUUCCAUUUGAUGCAUAAUACUUUUAUAUUUAGGAAUUAUAAUAGAAAAUUAUUUAAUUUAUAAAUGAUGUUAGAGUAAUAUCCAAUGUAAAAAGUGAGUUAAUUUAAAAAUAUUUAGCAAAGUGUUUCAUGUGUAUUGCCUUGUUUCUAGAUUUAUUAAAAAUUGGAAUUUAAAAACUAAUGGAUAAAGCUAGGAUUAAAGCUAUAUUUUAAUACAUAUUAUAUACUAAGUGAUAUUUUAUAUUACUCUAUUCUUAACUUUGCAAUUAUUACCAACAAAAUCGUGUUUGUGACAUUUUGUAAAUUUUUUGUAAAUAAAAUUGUAAGACCCUCUA